AUGAGGCUCACUGCAGAUCUCAUUCAUAACUCUCUGUCAUAUCUGAACCCUCUCAAAGAGCGUGAACUGGACCUCCGAGGCCAUAAAAUUCCCACCAUCGAAAACUUGGGCGUUGCAGGCCCGCAAGAUGCAAUUGACUUCACCGACAACGACAUUACCACCAUCUCCAAUUUCCCUCUUUCCCCCCGGUUGAACACCCUGCUGUGUGCGCGGAAUCGAAUACAAGGCGUGGACAAGAGAAUAGCGGAACAAAUACCCAACCUGACAACGCUGGUCUUGACGUCAAAUUAUGUCAAGGAGCUUGCUGAUCUAGAGGGUUUGGCCGCCUGCGGAGCAUUAACUCACUUGAGUUUACUGGACAAUCCGAUAACGAAGAAAGAGCAUUACAGACUCUACCUCAUUUGGUCGAUCCCCUCGCUGCGGUUCCUCGAUUUCCAAAAAGUGCGACAAGCAGAACGAGAGAGGGCAAACGAGCUGUUUGGCUCUGUGGAAGCACCCACUGAAUUGGCCACGAAGAUCAAGGGACUCAAGAGUCGGACAUUUGACGCUUCUGCAGCCGGUGUGAAUGGCAAGACCGCACCCGCGCAAAAGGGUGUCCGGACGCGGUUGACCGAGUUGGAGAAGAAGAGGGUAGAAAUGAUGAUCCAGAAUGCCAAAAGUUUUCAGGAGAUUGAACGAAUUGAGAGAGAUCUUGCGGAGGGCAGAAUACCCGCUGGUGCGGCGGACGCCGACAGGACGGUCUCCUGA